CCGAUGGACGUGGACUCCGCCCGAAAAUACGGUCAUUGAAGUUGCUGCGGUGUAUGGUUCGACCAUCGUAAUUGGCUUAUCAACCAUUAAUGGAAACGUCAUAGCUCUACUUCGCUUAGAUUUUGACGAUACUUAUGCUUUAUCCGAUGCAUCUCACCAAGGUUUUUAUAAAUUGAUUCAUUUUUGCGGAAUUAUUGAAUGUACCACAACACACACUGAUUUCGAGUUUGUCAUAUUUGACUCAAGUGAUCUUGUCCCUUAUCCUCUUUGUGUUGUUGGGACGUUUAAACCAAGUAUUAAGCUCUUAUCAUUAAAGCCUGAUAAUUAUCUGGAGAUGUUACAUGAGGAACUUUUAGUGGAUUAUUCUAUUAUGAAUGUAAAUAUACCUGAAUCUGCGUGUAUCAUUGGAAGUGUGGAGAUGCCAUUCUUCUUAGUUG